CGAGUUUUUGUGUGUGUGUGUCUGCUGGAGGGGGGCAUGCCGUCUCUUCAAACCUGUAUGCCUGAGCAGUUAGAGUUGCUUCUGCCGAAGACCAAAUGCAAAGGAAAAGCAAGCUGAUACGUACUAUGCAAGGUGAUGAACAGAGGUCGUUUCCUUUUUAAGGAAGCUCUGCUUCUAAUGAUGCAGGAACUGGAUUGCCUUGUCUGACCCUGAGUCUCCUGACAGCACUUUUAUGGAAUGCAUCUUAAAGACCAAACAAGAGACUUCCUGCGACAAGGACGUCAUUCUGAAUAUCCUCAGUGUUCUCACGGACCUCCUUUCUGUUGGGACUAACAGGAGGGUGCAUUACAUGAUCAGCAAAGGAGGCAGCGAAGCUCUUCUACAGACCACGCUAAACGCAGCGCAAGCCCCUCUGCCUGACUAUGAUGUCCUCUUACCUCUGUUCCGCCUGAUGGCCAAGGUUGGCCAGAAAGAUAAGAAGUUUGGGCUGAAAGCUCAACGACUGGGCGUACUUGAUCUCACCCUUUCCUUGGCAAGGAAGAACGUAAAUCAUCACCAGAAUUUCACCUACUGUCUUUGGGCACUACAGGCUUAUGCGUCUAGUGUUACAGUGGGAACCAUACUGGGUAUGAAUGGAGCUAUGGAGCUGGUUUUCAACGCAAUCACGCCGUACACCAAAAAGCACACCAGAAUGACAAGGGCAGCAGUGGACACUCUGGCAGCGUUGUUGAAAUCAAAGUCUAACAGCCGCCGAGCCAUAAACCGAGGGUAUGUAUGUCAGCUGCUCCGGCUGUACCAAGACUGGCAUCGCCACGACACCUCCAACAGCUGCAUCCCCAUCCGGAGGGGCCUUCUGCUCUGCCUCAAGCACCUCACCAACGUCCGGUCGGGUCGAGAAGGCUUCCUUCUUGCCCGUGGAAUGGAGAGUCUUUUCGCAACGGCUCAGGACUGUCUGAUUAGCAAGAAUCUGGAUCCAAUAGUAAAUACAGUGACCCAAAUCCUCAGGAAAACGUAUCCCAAGAUGGUGCUCCCACCGGCCGCUCUUAGCAGUUGUUAUUCCUUUCCAGUCCCAGGAAGAAGGGACCCUUCACCUCUUAGGCUUGAAGCCCGUUGUGGAAACGAUGCAGAAGAGGAAACAGAGAAAGAUACAGAUAACGAGGAUGUGGAUAAUAAGGAAGAGGAUGAUGACUUGGAAACAGAUGUUGACAAGCUCAUGUCAAAGCCGCCACUUGACCGGCCAGAGGUGGAGCUUGAACAAUAUGUGGCCUUGUGUCCAGAGCUGCAUUGUGACUUUCUGGAUGAUGACUUGGAAACAGAUGUUGACAAGCUCAUGUCAAAGCCGCCACUUGACCGGCCAGAGGUGGAGCUUGAACAAUAUGUGGCCUUGUGUCCAGAGCUGCAUUGUGACUUUCUGGAGUUGGACUCAGAGUCUGAAAGUGAGAUACAUUCUGAAGACGCUCCCGGGACCCUCACGCGUUCCUGCCUCCAUGUCAUUCCAGAUGCCGCUCCCUCUGACCACCAGCCAAAGGGCAAAGAGAAGGACCAAAUUGCUAUGGGUGAAAAGCUGCCCAAAAGGACACCUCGUGUUAUAGCGCACAGUCACUUGAGAAAAGAGAAACCUUUUCAAGAACCUAGAACCGUGGUUCAUGAUGAAUCAAAGCCUUUGGUGGAUUCCGUUGAAGAAGAGGGAACCACAGGUGCCACACACCCUCUUGCCACACAGAAACCACGGGCCAAACGAACUUCUCAGUCUCAGUAUAUAAACUCUUGCAGCCUUGGUGGCCAAGAACCCGUGGAAGCUUCUGAGGUAGUGAAAAGGCUUCUGGAAAGACACCCAGGCAAUAUCCCUUUCCACAAUCCACGCUUCUACAUGACAAGGGCUGCUGACACCAGGUCCAUUCCAGACUACAGAGUUCUGGCAUUCCCGGAUCUCUGGGGUCACCUACCUCCACCUUACAGCCAAUCUUUACAACAGAGGAGGUACGGCAUCCAAAGGGCCAAAAUAUUUGAAGACGUCCGCCGGGUUCUCCGGCCGGGGGAUACAAUCAACCGAGUAGCCUUUGACCUAGAAGGCUGCAGCUCCAUAAGCUCUGAGGCUCCAGACUGCCUGAAGUUUUUCUCCAAGUUUGAAUCGGGGAACCUCCGCAAGGCCAUCCAAGUGCGAGAGUUCGAAUACGACUUGAUCCUGAACCCUGACAUCAAUAGCUCCCAAUACCAUCAGUGGUUCUACUUCGAGGUCAGUGCCAUGAAGGCAGCUACUCCUUACCGCUUCAAUGUCAUCAACUGCGACAAGCCGAACAGCCAGUUUAAUUUUGGUAUGCAGCCAGUCAUGUAUUCGGUGAAGGAAGCUCUCCAAGGCAGACCUCACUGGAUUCGUGUAGGACAUGAUAUCUGUUACUACAAGAACCAUUACCAAAACUCUGCAGUGGCUGCAUCGACAGGAGGGGACAGAGGGAAAUGGUGCUACACCCUCACCUUCACCGUUGUUUUCCCGCACAAGGAAGACGUCUGCUACCUGGCUUAUCAUUACCCUUACACCUACUCGGCCAUGAUGUCUCACCUUGACAUCCUAGAACAAACCAGGAACAAAAAGAAAAUCUUCUUUAAGAGGCAAACCCUUUGCCAUACCCUCGGAGGAAACCCGUGUCCUCUGCUCACCGUCACCGCCAUGCCCGAGUCUGAAAGUGCCGAUGACCUGGAGCAGUUCCGCGAACGUCCUUAUGUAGUGCUCGUGGCACGGGUCCACCCUGGCGAGAGCAACUCCAGCUGGGUGAUGAAAGGGACACUUGAGUUUCUCCUUGGUAGCGACCCCAUUGCAGAUCUGCUGAGACACUGCUUCAUCUUCAAGAUCAUCCCUAUGCUGAACCCAGAUGGAGUCAUCAACGGCAACCAACGAUGCUCCUUAAGUGGGGACGACUUGAACAGACAAUGGCUGAAUCCGGACGCAAUGCGCCAACCCACCGUUUACCGCGCCAAGGGUCUUCUUUAUUACCUGGACAGUCAAGGCCGAGCUCCAGUGGUGUUUUGUGACUACCACGGCCAUUCCCAGCGGAAGAACGUGUUCCUGUACGGAUGUAGCAUAAAGGAGACCUUAUGGCAGGCAGGACACACCGUUGACACCACCGUUGUCACAGAGGAUGUUGGUUACAGGACUCUGCCAAAAAUCUUAGACAAAGUGGCUCCGGCAUUUCUCAUUAGCGGCUGCAGCUUUUUGGUGGAGAAGUCGCGUGAAUCUACAGCACGAGUCGUGGUUUGGCGAGAAAUCGGUGUUCUGCGGAGCUACACGAUGGAAAGUACCUACUGUGGUUGCAGCCACGGCCUCUACAAGGGCCUCCAGCUUGGAACUGGCGAGCUGGAAGAGAUGGGAGCAAAGUUUGGCCUUGGCCUUCUGCUUCUGCAGCUGAAAUCCUUGCCCUGCAGCAAGAAACUGAUGACUCAGGCAGCAGCCCUGCUGGAUGUGGAAGAAGAAAUCACAGAUCUCCGGGCAAAAAGAACCAACAGCAACUGCAGUGUGGAGACAGAUGACGAGCUUCCCUUUGGGGAAGAAGUGGAUUAUAACACCGACAGCUGCUCUGACAUAGAAGGAGAUUUCUCGGAUCUGGACAAAGAAAUCCGAGAAGAUCCCCCCAGGGCCGAAGGCGGAAAAGAAGACGUGGACACCAACGUUGGGCAGAUAUGUGGCCCGCAGCCUCGCAGGGCUCUCUUGCAUCACCCGCCCAUGAGCAGCUGGUAGCAAAGUGUCUCUCAUCCCAGUCAAUGCCAUCCAGGGGCUUUCAAUGGAUCGGAAAACAGGACCGAGCUGUCUGGAAUAACCAGACAGGUCACCACUUGCAACGUGCUUCUUUGCUGGUGACAGUUCUUGUGUCAGGCAUCUCGUCUCAGUUGUAUUUCCAAAAUAGACUGUGUGUUUGUGUGUAUAUUGUUAGUUAAGACUCUGUACAAAAAGGGGAAUAUUCCUCACUGUGUUUAAAAUGAUGUGCAGUUUGCUUUUAGAAAUUCGCCCCCCUUCAUUGCAGUGAAAUAACAGCGAAAGGGGAACAAUUUUGCAGAAUUAAUCCAGGAACCCUUCAUUAAUUUCUCAAGUGUGGGGCUCACCAUAAACAGGAGAAGUUACCAAAGGUUGGUUGGUUGCUCUUUUGACUAUUUAUGAAAGCAGAACUGCAAUGGCUGCCAUUUUGCAUCAUGCACAAUGGGUGAACUCUAGUGUUGUUCCAGAGCUUUGAAUUGGGGAAUGGUGGUCACAAAGCACGCACAAAAAUUGGUAGGACAUGUUUCUAGAAAACCCUGUGAAGGAUCCUUGUUUUGGAGAGAAGGUGAAAAGGGAUGGAGGAUAAUCGCAAGAAGUUUCUGAGAUAGCUGCUUCCCCAGGGCUAAAUGAUGCAUGACAGGUAGCCCAUCGUUACAAGAUGGAAAGGGUCUCCAGAGGUUCCUGGACUACAAUUCCAAGAAACCAUGGCCAGCACAGCUUGUGGUGAAGG